AUGGCCGACGCCAUGACCCAAGCAGCGCCUCUGGUCACUACGCUGGCGGCGUCGCCAGAGGAAGCACAGGAUUGUGCCAUCUGCUUUCAGCCCAUGCUCGAAUCCUGCGAGCUGCAAAAGCUGUCCUGCGGUCACCGCUUCCACCACGCGUGCGUCUCCGAGUGGCUGCUUCGCAAGGCCUCCUGCCCACUUUGCAAGCAAGAAAAUCCAGGCCCCGAGCCUGGAAAGGAGCGUUUCCACAUCGACAUGUCGCACCAGGAGAUGGCUCAGUUCGUGAAUGAGCUAGAAGACAUCUUUCAUGCCAUCCAUGCUGGGAUCAGAGAAGACUAUGCCGUCGCCUUGUCCGCCAUCACCUACAACCUCUGCGUCAGCUUGGGCUACGAGGACGAGGAUGAGCUGGAGGAGGCCCUUGGAGGCCCGUUGGUCGACUUUUUGACGGCGCUGCCGCAUUUUGAGGUGCAGUGGCCUGCCGAGGGUGCCCAGGAAGCCGGUGAAGAGAUCCGCGUUCUCAUGAGACCGGCGCCUAAGGAGGAUGAUCUCCGACCGGGCAUGGGCCAGUCCCUCACCUUCACGGUCUCAGAGCGCGAGGACCUCUGGCGGGUGGUACUGCUCGGGCCAAGAGCACAGGUCGAGAUCCCGGAGAUUGAGUUCUUGUUUCAGCCGAAGAACCGACGAUGUGUCGACACAGUUUACAACUUGAUAGCUUCUGCUGUCUUCAAUUUGGGCGACCAUGUACAGAAAAAUCGACGUAUGGGUGGCGCUAUCAGCGAGGAGGAGCUGCUUCUGAUCUGUGAGAAGAUCGACCAGCUAAACACCCUGCUGGACAUGGAGCAGCCUUUCACCGUCCGUGUACAAGACAAGCAAGGCCUCUCCGAGUUCAAGCCCUCUAACGGCGUGGUGAUCUUGCCUGUGGCAGAUGACGCCCCACCGCUGGGCGAAGACUACGACUAG